UCAUCCGCCAGUCUGGGAAGGAGAGCCGUCCGUCUCAGCAAAUCUGCAGGAAACUGUCAUCGCGAGAAAACAGGUCACCGGCAUGGAGUGAGAGGGAACUUCAAACAGACCCUGGUACAGAAGACCGGGACGCCAUCUUGUGAUUUCCUGGCGGAGCCGAAGUGGAGAGGCUGACUACUCUUCAAACAGCCAGACUCCAACUAAUAAGUACUUAAGACAGCUGACUGGUUUGUGUCUACCUGAGGACUGAUCAUGGGAAGUUUGCUAGUACCGACCCUUUUUCUCUGGAUGUGUCCGCUCAUGGUUGUUGCCCGACAUCCAACGUGUAACUUCCUGCUGGAGGUGGAGAAAGAUCAGCUAGACUGUGUGAGGAGGCUGAAGGAAGAGGAGGCUGCCAGCAACACUAAAGAGCCGGGAUGCAAAGGAACCUGGGACAACAUAGCGUGCUGGGACCGAGCUGAAUUUGGAGAAACUGUCACUAUCCCCUGUCCUCGAGCCCUCAAGACAAUAUUCGGCAGAACUGGUAACAUCAGCAGGAACUGCACAGCAGCCGGUUGGUCGGAUGUUUUCCCAAACAUAAGCAGCAUGUGUGGACUCGACACGAGCCAGGAGAAGCUGGUCUUCUACGUGGUCGUUCAGACGUUGUACACUCUGGGUCACAGUUUGUCUCUGAUCGCCCUGACCACAGGGAGCGCCAUCCUCUGUCUGUUCCGGAGGCUCCACUGCACCAGGAACUACAUCCAUCUCAAUCUCUUCAUCUCCUUCAUCCUGAGAGCUGUGGCCGUGUUGGUUAAAGAUGCCAUCCUCUUCAAUCGAAGCUCGCAUUGCUCUAACCAGCCAUCUCUGGUGGGAUGUAGAGCCAGCUUGGUGUUUUUCCAGUAUUUCAUCAUGGCCAACUUCUUCUGGCUGCUGGUGGAAGGCCUGUACCUCCACACGCUUUUGGUUGUCAUCUUUUCUGAAAACCAACACUUUAUCAUUUACAUGUUUAUCGGCUGGGGAAUCCCUACUGUGUUCGUGUCUGUGUGGGUAAUGACAAGGAUUUACCUGGAAGAUACGGGGUGCUGGGAAAGGAAUGACAACCCCAUUCCAAACUGGGUGAUCAAUGGGCCAAUCGUAUUCUCCAUUUUGGUCAACUUCAUCCAGUUCAUCAACAUCAUUCGGAUCUUGGUUCAGAAGCUGCGAUGUCCUGACAUUGGCGGCAAUGACCAAUCACAGUACAGACGGCUGGCCAAGUCCACCCUGCUUCUCAUUCCUCUGUUUGGGAUCCACUACGUGGUCUUCGUGUCUCCCAGCGAAUCCAUCGCAGAAGAUUACAAAAUAUUCUUUGACCUGGCUCUCGGUUCCUUCCAGGGUCUGGUGGUGGCCAUCCUAUAUUGUUUUCUGAACAGUGAGGUUCAGGGCGAGCUGAAGAGGAAGUGGCGGAGUAUGUGUCUGAACUGCCACUUGAGCAGAGCUCAUCACUUCAACAAUAACUUCACCUCCAGGAAUGAUUCAGAGCAGAUGACACAGUUUCAGCACACCUCCAGAGACCAGUCCAUCCUGCAAUCGGAGACUACAAUACUGUGAGAACAUGAGUGAAACGUUUGACACAAACAACAGACAAUAAAAUAAAUGUAGCCUCCAGGUUGACCUGGGUCAAAUGGUUUUCCUAAUUUAAAGAUACUAAAAUGGAAGAAAUGCCCCGCAUAUUUAUUAGCAAAUGUUGGUUCCAGUUUUAGAAAUAUCUGCAGGUGUUUCCUAAGUGCUAAGAGCUGUAAGAGCUUUAUGCUUAGACUGAUUUUCCUGGAGUUAGUGGACAUAUGGGAAAAUGUUAAACAAAAACACUUGAAUAUUUUUUUAUUAUUCACAUGAAAUAUAUUUUUAGUUAAGUUCAGUUACUGGCACACAUGCAUAGGUUUUAGUAUUAUCUUUUUGUCUUCUUAAUGUGCAUAAGGUCAUCAGUUUUACUUUACAAAUGCGGAAUUAACAUGAAUAAGAUGAAGACCAGAACUGAUUCUGGUUCUGCAGAAGAAAAACAUAGCAGAUUAGACUCUACAUUGAUGUUUCUGGCAUGUAUCCUGUAGCAUAUUCAGCUCUGCAUGUUGACUGUUCAAGUCAGAAUCUCACUUAAAAGCACAAACAAGCGGCAUAGCAGACAGAGCAGUCAAUGUCUGUUGAAAACAAGACAGUAGCAAUAAUGACUGGAGAGUGAAUCUCUUUAGGAAAUCAGAGGCACUGUGGACAAUGUGAUUCUUCAAAAAUACACUGCUCAAAAAAAUUAAAGGAACAUUUUGAACACACAUCAGAUCUCAAUUGGAAAACAAUCUUGCUGAAUAUUGAUUCUGAUAUGGAAUGAAUAAUGUGUUGGGAACAAAAGGAUGCCACAUUAUUUGAAUAAAAUGAGAACCCAGGGCUAAAUCCGAAGACAGAGAAAUUUAAACUGAAAACCUGAAGCAGCAGGAUAGUACAUUGUCAUUGCAGCAACUCAAAAUAGUACUUAGUAGUUUGUAUGGCUUCCAUGUGUGUGUAUGGAUGCUGGAUAACGCUGGGGCAUGCUCCUUAUGAGAUCAAGGAUAGUGUCCUUGGGUAUCUCCUCCUAGAUCCUGACCAGGUUAUCACUGAGCUCCUGGAGAGUCUGAGGUGCAACUUGGAGGCGUCGGAUGCACCUAAACAUUAUGUCCAAGAGGUGUUCUAGUGGAUUUAGGUCAGGGGAGCAUGGAGGCCAAUCAGUAGCACCAUUGCACCAGCAAAGAGUCUAACAAUGGGUCUAAGAUUUCAUCCUGACGCCUACUGGCAAUUGGCAACCUGCCAAUUCUGGUAUUCUUUGGUAAAUGCCAGUCAAGCUCCACUGUGCUGGGCGGUGAGCACAGAGCCUACUAGAGGACGUUGGGCCUUCAGGCCACCCUCAUUAAAUCGGUUUCUAAUAGUUUGGUCAGAGACAUUCACGCCAGUGUCCUGCUGGAGGUCACUUUGUUGGGCUUUGGCAGUAAUAAUCCUGUUCCUCCUUACACAAAGGGGCAGAUACUGGUCCUGAUGAUGGGCUAAGGACCUCUGACAGUCCUGUCCAGCUCUCCUACAGUAACUGCCUGUCUCCUGGAAUCUCCUUCACGCUCUUCAUAUUGUGAUUGGAGACGACAUUAAAACAGCUGACACUGAUUAACAACCUCUUCUACCACUUACCUGACCAGCUCAGUUUCCCAAAAUUUUAACUAACUUGAUAUUAUCCUGUGAUUAAAAAGUGUUUCUUUAAUUACUUUAAGCAGUGGAUAAAAGCAGAGUGGAUAUACAGAGCAGCAGCAGAUGUGGAGCUUUCUGUUAAAGAUUAGUCAAGAUAUUUCAUCAUUGGCGAAUGAGUCAGGAAUCCAGUUCCAAGCUUCAGCAGGCGAAGUUAUAAGCUGGACCCACGUGUAUUGCUUUGUGCGAAAACUUGACUCAUUUAACACGUCACUAUUAUUCAGUACAUUCCUCAAAUGACCUAUGUGUUGCUUUUUAUAGGCUCUGUGGGGAAAUUGUGACACUUUAUGAUGGAGUUAUGAAACUACUUUGUAUUUUUGUAUGUGAGAUGCUCAGAGGUUAAUAUGGUGGCUGACUGCACCAUUUUGGUUGUCCAAACUGGGCACCAUAAUGUACAGAAUAAUAAAGAUGUGCUAAAGGAGAUAUUUGAGUCUGGAAGAUGACCACUGCUUCGGAUUUACUUUAACAUUUGAUAUGAUCUAGUGGUUUGACUGGCAAGAAGACUUUAUGAUUCUGCUUAUUAGAAAUACUGAACAAAAAAUAAAACAUUUUUGAAUUGGACUGUUUAGAGCUCUACUUAAAUUCAAAUUGUUUUACCUGCUUUCUGAAGUUUGAGAUAAAAAUAAAAUUUGAUUCAAACUAAAUAGUUGCCUGCUGAAAUGCUGUUGUAAUGACAUGGUAGUCACAGUUGUGGGAGAAGAAAUGCAAUACUGAAAAUUACUGCAAAUGUUUUUUUGGGUUUUUUUACCCUUUUGAAAGGCUUGCACAUAAUAUUAAAAUGUCAACCAUACUGUCAUCAAAAACAUUAAAAGACUUUCAGGGGACGGGCAAAAGAGGAACCUUUUGGUGUUUCUCACAUGUUAAAACCUUGCAAUGUGGCAUCAGUAACCUAUAGUCAUAAAGAUCAAGGGGAUAUGUUUUUCUCUGAAUGCAGUUUAACUGUUGUCGUGUCUUUAACUU